AUGUCAGGACUUCAUGAAGUACAGACAGGCCACGGCCGUCUAGCUGGGAAGGUCGCUAUUGUCACAGGCGCCGCAUCAGGCUUCGGUCUUGCCAUAACCCAGAAAUUCGUCUCCGAAGGCGCCAAAGUCGUGGCCUCCGACAUCAACGCCGACGGACUAGAGAAAGCCUUCUCCUCGGCCGCGACCUACGCGACCAACGUGGCGACCAUAUCAGCCAACGUGACCGUCGCGUCCGACUGGGACAAGAUGGUUGAAACAGCCGUCUCGAAAUUCGGCGGCCUGGACAUCGUAGUCAACAACGCCGGAACAAGCUACAAGAACAAGCCGACUCAGGAAGUGACCGAGGCCGAAUUCGACCGCGUCAUGGCCGUCAAUGUCAAGAGUAUCUUCCACAGCGUGCCGGCCGUGGUGCCUGCCUUGAAAAACCGGGGCGGCGGCAGCAUCAUCAACAUUGCCAGCAUUGGGGCCAUGCGCCCGAGGCCCGGUUUGGUGUGGUAUAAUGCUUCCAAGGGCGCUGUAGCGAAUGCCUCCAAAGGCCUCGCCGCCGAAUUCGGCAAAGACCAAAUCCGCGUCAACGCCAUCUGCCCCCUCCUCUCCGGCACCGGCCUGUUCGAAAUGUUCGUCGGCGUUCCCUACACCGACGAGAACAUGAAGAAGUUCCUGUUCAAUGUGCCGCUCGGCAGACUGACGGAUCCCCACGACGUCGCUAAUAUCACUUCGUUCCUCGCGAGUGAUGAGGGCAGGUUCAUCACGGGCGUGAACCUGGAAGUUGAUGGCGGUAGGGCGGUUGGGGCUUGA